AUAAUGACUUAGAUUCGAUUUUCUCCAAAUUCUCGUUGCUUUUCUCAUUUCCUUCCGUUCUUUGACAUCAUGAGAGGGCAUGACUAUCUGGGGGGAAGAUGGAACUUCCUGAACAUUUAACUUCUCCUUCUUCCUCUCUCGCCUGAUCCUGUUCAUCGCCGUCCACUAUCCGUCCACAGGACGCACACAGGAUGCACAAUUGGGCUGUGUUAUGCACAGCUGCCCGUUGAGUAGUUUAACCGCCUUCAAGCUUCUUCACUCCCCCAUGUCUUAUAUUCCCUCUGACCUAUCUUCUGAUCUUGUCAUCUAAUCAAUAUGCCCUUUCCGUGGCUCAAGGACUUGGGCAACGUCAUCUCAGUUCGUCGUUCCAGGCGCCCCACGAAGAACAGACGCACACAAUGCAGCUCGACAGCCACCGACUAUGAGGGUGACGACUCCGUCCUUUUAGACUCCCCUCUGCACCUUGAUUGUGCGAGUAGAGAGCCAGGUUUCCAAGUUUCCACCAAUGUUUCUUCCACCAGAUACUCACAGGGUGUAUCUCUUACUCGUGAAGCCUCCGACAUGGCUCAACUAGCUUUACCCUUGGUACAGGCCGUUGCAGGUGCAAUCCCACUUGUCGGUGCUCCGAUGCAAGCGGCUAUUGGUGGAUUAUUGACAAGCCUUCAAGCUAUAGAUAGACAUGGUCAGAACAAUGCGGACAUAAAUAGCCUGACAUUACGACUUCAUCGAUUAAGCUGCCAUUUGUGCAACGCCCCACCUACCCGAGAUCCUCUUGAACAAUCCCGGAGGGAUUCCUUAAUUAGGGUACUAGAAGCGGCCUCAGCACAACUAACAAAGUUGCAUAAACGUCGUCGUCUCGCAUACGCAUCCGUCACACAAACUAUCACCGGAUGCUCUGGUGAAAUUGACCGUUAUCUUGUAGAGUGUUUGUGGUCGUUCCAAAUGCAAAGUCAAAAUGACAUCCACGAAAUGCGGGACUUGAUCAUCCGCGGACAGUCUGCUGUGGGACCGACUGCAAUGAAGUUAUCUGGAACUAUCGUGCUUGGCUGUGUGACGCUGGUAGACGCAACAGGACAUGAGCAUGCAAUCUCGGUGAAUUUCUGCACCUCAUUUCAGCAACUCAACAAGGUGCUCGAAGCUCUGUUUGAACGUGACUCGAUUGAAGCCCAAAUUCAGAAGCAAUAUAUGAAGGAAGGACAAUACGAUUUAUGUAUUGACAAGGGCACCCAGAUUGUAAUGAGGGUUAUCAUUGAACAACGGGUGGGAUCAUCUAGAGUUUCCUACAGAUGCCAUUUCUGUGGCGCUUGGAAUCGCCUUCCCACCGGGUCUAUUAGUCAUUCGCUUCGACGGCAGCCUGGUUGCUCGAUUAAUUGUCGAGAAUGCAAACGACGGUUUCAGAUCUCCCGUGUACUUCGCAGUGCAAAGCAAAGUACUCGAACCUCCAGCAUUGGUUCCAAUCGCACGACUGACGCAGAAAUGCACCUUAUUCGCAACUUUCACGUUCAGCAAACUGUUGGGAAUUGGCUAUGCGAUACUUGCAUGCUCUCUAAUCCAGACACUGCGGAGCUCAAAUGUGCUAUCUGCGAUUCUGCCCGUCCUGGCACUGCUUCUGCCCCGGCCCCUACAGGUUUUGACUGGUCUGCUGCAGGGAUGAAAGCCCCAUGCUCAUCGACAGAUAUGCAGACUUGUUCUGUCUGCAUGCUGCAAUCGUCUACCGCCGCAACUAAGUGUACAAUUUGUGACAGUGCUUGGGAUACGUUACACUGAAGAAAACGGCGUGGAAAAUGAAAAUGAAUAUUAAUGUAUCCUCCACGUCAAGAGUACUUAUGGGAUGCUAUAUAGCGCAAUGCGAACUUGCUUGUCAUCAUCAGCUUGUUGUCCUGUGCCUCCUUCCACCGGCG